AUGGCUUCAUUGGACAUAAUUGAUCAUUCUCCUCAUCAUCCGCAGCCCUCUGCGUCUUUGCCCACCGCCUCCAAUCUCGUCCUCAUCGACAACUAUGACUCCUUCACGUACAACGUCUACCAAUACCUCGUCCUCGAGGGUGCUACCGUCACGGUUUUCCGUAACGACCAGAUCUCACUGGAAGAGCUCAUCGCCAAGAAUCCCACCCAAUUAGUCGUCAGCCCCGGCCCAGGCCAUCCUCAGACGGACUCAGGCGUGAGCAGAGAUGCCAUUCGCCACUUUGCGGGCAAGAUCCCCAUCUUUGGCGUCUGCAUGGGACAACAGUGUAUAUUGGAUGUGUAUGGUGGUGAUGUCAGUCAGACGGGCGAGAUUCUCCACGGCAAAACCUCGCCUCUCAGCCAUGAUUCCAAUGGUGUCUAUCGUGGCAUGUCUCAAGGUCUUCCAGUCACGAGGUACCAUUCUCUUGCCGGAACUCAUGUGUCACUCCCGGAAUGUCUCGAGGUGAGCUCGUGGAUUGCAAAGGAGGACGGCUCAAAGGGGGUCAUCAUGGGCGUCCGUCACAAGGAGUUCACCAUUGAGGGGGUUCAGUUCCACCCAGAGAGUAUCCUUUCCGCCGAUGGACGGAUUAUGUUCAAAAACUUCCUGCUUACUCAGGGUGGUACCUGGAAAGAUGACCAAGAGCUCCGCACGGCUGUGGCCACGAACGGCGCCCACAACUCAGAAAACACGCCAAAGAAAAACAACAUCCUGCAGAAAAUAUAUGCUCACCGCAGAGCUGCUGUUGCCGCUCAAAAGCAGAUUCCGUCUCAGAGGCCUGCAGAUCUUCAAGCUGCCUAUGACCUCAAUUGCGCUCCACCACAAAUUUCGUUCGUCGACCGUCUGCGACAGACUCCUUUCGACGUCUCAUUGCUGGCGGAAAUCAAGAGGGGCUCACCUUCGAAAGGCGUCUUUGCUCUGGAUAUAAACGCGCCGACACAAGCCAAGAAAUACGCGCUCGCAGGCGCGAGCGUCAUUUCGGUCCUUACAGAGCCUGAAUGGUUCAAAGGUAGCAUCGAGGACCUGAGGGUGGCGCGUCAGGCUCUUGAGGGCAUGCCCAACCGGCCUGCCAUCUUACGAAAGGAGUUCAUUUUCGAGGAGUAUCAGAUCCUUGAAGCCCGUCUUGCUGGAGCUGACACGAUUCUUCUGAUUGUGAAGAUGCUUGACACAGAGCUUCUCGAAAGGUUGUACAAGUACUCCCUCUCGCUAGGGAUGGAGCCACUGGUCGAGGUUCAGAAUGCCGAGGAGAUGACAACUGCUAUCAAGCUUGGUGCAAAGGUGGUUGGCGUGAACAACCGAAACCUCGAAACCUUCGAGGUCGACCUGCGCACCACGAGGAGCUUGCGAAGCAUGGUACCCCAGGAAGUCAUCAUCUGCGCGCUAAGUGGCAUCAACACCCAUGCGGACGUCCAGGACUGCAAGAGCGACGGUGUGAAUGCAAUUCUGGUCGGCGAGGCCAUCAUGCGAGCAUCCGAUACAUCCAAGUUCAUCCAAGAACUAUGUUCAGGUACCACGACACCUUCCCCAAAGAUCGAGAAUCAACCGCUGAUUGUGAAGAUCUGCGGAACUCGUAGCGCCGAAGCUGCUGUCGAAGCCGUCAAGGCCGGAGCUGACUUGAUCGGCAUGAUCUUGGUACCUACAGCCAAACGUUGUGUAUCACACGAGACGGCUCUGGCCAUCUCGAAGGCAGUCCAUGACAAUCGCUCUACCAAGCACUUACCACAACCGGAUUUUCCAUCAAACAUGGCUCGUGAUUUUUUUGCAGGGUCCAAACGUAAUUUGACUGUUAAAGGCGCCUCGCUUGUCGGCGUCUUUAUGAACCAGCCUCUGGAAGAGGUUCUCGAGAAGCAGAAACUAUACGACCUGGAUGUUGUCCAGCUCCACGGCCGAGAGCCUGUUGAAUGGGCCCAUCUUAUACCUGUCCCAGUCAUCCGAAAGUUCCAACCGGGCGACCCUGGACUAGGUCUCCGCGGAUAUCACGCCAUGCCUUUGUUGGACUCUGGCUCCGGUUCUGGUCUACAACUCGACCAUGCUGCUGUUCGAAAGGACCUGGAGAAGGACGAGCACUUGGAGGUGAUAUUUGCUGGCGGCCUGAAUCCCGAUAAUGUUGUCGAAUCAGUCUCUGCCGUAGGUACUCUUUCGGCUAGGAUUGUCGGUGUCGAUGUGAGCAGUGGUGUUGAAGAGGGCGGUCAACAAAGCAUAGACAAAAUCAGGGCCUUCGUCAAAGCCGCCAAGUCCAUCAGGUAG